GGAGUUCUUCAAGGUAGUCCUCAACAGGCUCGCUCGAGUUCACUCCUAGACCUGCAGUGUAGCCAAGACGCGGCGCGGACAGCCUUUCCCACAAGGAUGAUGAAUGCCAGAAGUGCACGGAUCAUAUAUGGAUUGUAUGGGGCUCUUGCGUGCUUUGAUGAGUGUCAAAAUUUGGAUGUAUGAUUUUCCACCAGCCAAGUGAUUUGGAAUAGAACCCGAACAAUCUAAAUGAGUCAACAGUUGGAUGUACCUGAAAGGGAACCUCUGGAUUACACCAUGCCACUGAUUUGGAAUCAGAGGGAACCGUUUGUAAAAUGAACUCCAGAGCGCUGUAAACGGGGAGAGGAAAUAUACCCACAGCCGCACAAUGGAUUUACCAAACUCUAACGGGUCAUCUGGGGCAGACAAGCAGAAGCCCGGGUUGAUUGACUUGGGGACGUUUUUCGUGGACGCUGACAUCAUUUUUGGGUUUACCAGUCAUCUGUUAAAGCGAAAAGCCAAGGUGGAAGGCUGUUCAAGCGGAGAGUCUUCCCUUUCUUUUGAGCUGAGCCCGAGGAAAAGACUGUCAGCGGAGGAGGAGAGGUGCGCCAGCAGACCUCCACCUGAAGGAGCAGGAGCUGUGAGUGUCUCGGAGUCAGACAGGGAUGACGCUAAGCCGGAUCUGUGCAAGCAAUGUCAGAUGACUGUGGCUGAACUGAGGAGACAAGCCCUCACUCUAUCCGACCCUGCUUCCUUAAAGGACCCUGGAUUUGCUUCCUUCAUCAUAGAACAGCUGCAGAUCCCCGAUUGGCUCCUGAAAGGUGGACAUGAAGGCACGAGGUGUCCGGCGUGUGGCUCAUCAGCACAGCAGCUGAAACAACAAGCGCUUCAGACUCUCCAAGAUCUGUACCCCUGUCCCGACAUGCCAUCUCUACCAUCCAGCACCUUUCCCGGACAUCCAGCCAGGCUGAUGACUCACGGCGUGGUCACUGUCUCCUCCAGACCAACCAAAUCCAGGAUCCCUCAUCCAGCGCACAGCGUCCUGCCUGUGGGCGAGCGUCAGCGGGAGCUAGGCUGGUCUCAGAGCUCGUCCUCCAGUGUUUCAACUCUGAAACCCAGCGUUCAGGUGACCAUGGCUGGAAGACCACUGGCGGGAACCAUCAGCUCAGUCACCAUUCAAGCGCAGCAGUACCUGGAGGGCAUGUGGAGCAUCUCACGCGUCAACAACUUCCUGCCUCAGCCAAACCCAGCACUAGGCCUCGUGGGUCAAGCAGAACAGAGUGAACUGUCAUCAGACAACACCAUAUCCAGAGUGAAUCCCUCCAAACAGAGAUGUCCAGUUCAGUUUGGACAGACUGCGCCCUCAUCCUCUGAACAUCCCAGUUCUGCUGCGGCAUCCUUCUUCAUCAGGGCUGCUCAGAAGCUGAAUCUAUCAUCCAAAAGGAAGAAGCAGCAGCCGCCACUGGUGUACCCCCAGGAGCCCUCCAUCUACCCUACUAACUUUAGUGCUGUCCUCCAGUUUUCCCCUCCACCUGCUCCACCAUGUCUGCUCAGGGCAGGGUCAAAGGCCAAGGAGAACCCUGGCAUGGGCAAGGUCAAAGUGAUGAUGCGUAUCUGCCCAUCUCUGGGGGUUGUGGAUUCAUCCGAGUCCAUGUCCUUCCUGAAGGUGGACAUGCGUAAGAAGCAGCUGACCCUCUACGACCCCUCACUCCACACACAGCCCACCUCAGUGCACAGACGAGCAGUGCUGCCCGCCCCAAAGAUGUUUGCCUUCGACGCCGUUUUCUCCCAAGAUGCCUCUCAAGCUGAAGUUUGCUCAGGGACAGUGGCUGAAGUUAUUCAAUCAGUGGUCAAUGGUGCUGACGGGUGUAUAUUCUGCUUUGGUCACGUCAAAGUCGGCAAGACUUACACCAUGAUUGGCACCGACAGCUCCAUGCAGAGCCUUGGCAUCGCGCCCUGUGCCAUCUCCUGGCUCUUCAAACUCAUCAACGAGCGCAAGGAGAAGACUGGCACACGCUUCUCUGUACGGGUGUCAGCUGUAGAGAUCUAUGGCAAGGACGAAAGUCUGCAGGACCUGCUUUCUGAUGUUCCUACCGGCAGUUUGCAGGAUGGCCAGUCUCCUGGAGUCUACCUGCGCGAAGACCCCAUCUGUGGCACUCAGCUCCAGAACCAGUGUGAAUUAAGGGCUCCCACUGCAGAGAAGGCCGCACUCUUUCUCGACGCCGCCAUCGCUGCCCGUAGCACCAACCAUCCGGAUGCUGAUGAAGAAGAUCGUCGCAAUUCACACAUGCUGUUCACCUUACACAUCUACCAGUAUCGCAUGGAAAAAAGCGGCAAGGGUGGAAUGUCUGGUGGUAGAAGCAGACUGCAUCUGAUUGACUUGGGUAGCUGUGAGAAGGUGCUCUGUAAAAGCAGGGAUGCAGGUGGAGGUCUGUGUUUGUCUCUAACCGCGUUAGGAAACGUCAUCCUGGCUUUGGCCAAUGGUGCAAAACAUGUUCCAUACAGGGAUAGCAAGCUCACAAUGUUACUGCGAGACUCUCUGGGGAACAUCAACUGCAGGACAACAAUGAUUGCCCACAUCUCUGACUCCCCUGCCAAUUAUGCAGAGUCCCUUACCACCAUUCAGCUGGCCUCCAGAAUCCACCGUAUGAGGAAAAAGAAAUCAAAGUAUGCAUCCAGUUCUUCUGGAGGGGAGAGUUCCUGUGAUGAAGGAAGAAUUCGUCGACCACCACAUUUGCGACCCUUCCAUCCACGGACUGUGGCCCUUGACCCAGAUCUACCAUCAUUUCUCAGUGAUCCUGACUAUUCUUCAAGCAGCGAGCAGUCGUGUGACACUGUAAUUUAUGUUGGCCCUGGUGGUGCCGCCAUCUCUGAUCGAGAACUCAGCGACAACGAAGGACCCCCAGCCUUUGUUCCCAUUAUCCCCUCUCUUAACCGUAAGCAACGAGGAAAGGAUGGACCAGUUGACCGCGAUCACUUCAAGUGUAACACCUUUGCAGAACUUCAAGAGCGGCUGGAAUGUAUCGAUGGUAGUGAGGAACCUACAGCCUUUGUUGUGGAAUCUGGAGAAAAUUCUGGAAGCUCGAAAAUGGACCAUAGUGCAAACAAGUUGAAAGAAGGCUCAAGUUGCAUUUCGGUUUCUCCCAAGACUCCUACCAAAGUGCUUUCAUCAACACAGGACAGCAUAUCCAAAAAGUCUAUUUCUGUAACCAGUAAACUUCCCAGCAGUCCAAAACACAAAUCCAAAUUAGAACAUUCCAAACUGCAAAGUGCCGCAUCAGACAAAGAUCUCAGAGACAUGUGUGAGAAUGUAUGUAGGACAAGUGCAGAUGGUGAAAAGGUGCAAAUGUCAGAGAGUGGAUCUCUAUGCACUACAGGAAAACAAAGUAAAACAAUAAUAUCCCAAAAUUCAGAGCCUGUGGUUAGGGAAAAGGUUUUUUUCAAUAAAAAGCUUCCCAAGCCUGCUCCCCCACCACCACAACAAAGAGACUAUGUCACGGUUGGUAGUGAAACUGAAGAAAAGUCAGCCACAAGGGUACCCCCAAUUGGGAUGAGCCAUCAAAAAAGAGGUGACUCAAUUGGCAACUCAGCUGUCAAGGUCCAUCACCUUAAUCCCAGGACUCCUGGGGAAAUGAGGUCCAAUCUUAGAGAGAGGUGCAUGGAGAAGGACAUAUUGAGGACAACUGUAACCCUUAAACAGCCAGUGGAACUAAAUGGUGAAGAUGAGCUUGUAUUCACUCUUGUGGAAGAGUUAUCAAUUGGCAGCAUUGUGGACAGUGGGAGGCCCUCCAGCAUUGUGAGUUUUAAUAGUGAUUGCUCAUUACAGGCCCUUGCUUCAGGAUCUCGACCAGUAAGCAUUAUUAGCAGUAUCAAUGAUGAAUUUGAUGCUUAUACGUGCAGUGUUGGUAACUCAGAGGCAAAUGUUAAAAUAGGGGCACCCUUACAGGAGAAAACAUUUGCUUCACUGGGUAGCCGUGGGUCUUCUAUCACUUCAUGGCUCAGUGAGGUAAGCGUCUGCACUCUGGAGAGUGAUGGUGCCCAAUCAGCAGAUGUCUUUCUCCCUCAAGGUACUAAUACUGGCCCAGACAGCAAUUUCUACUUUGAUUCUCUAAAUAUGUUCCAAAGCAGUACACAAAAGGAACCCAAAAACUCUUUAAAUGACAGUGGCUGUAGCUUCUCAGAUUUAGAGAGUGAUAGUGCUAUAUCAAGCAAGCUCUCUCUAAACAAGUGCCCAUCCUCUCCAGAAGCCCCACAGUUGACUGUAAAAAAUUUCCCAAAACUAGAAAAAGCAAAUACCAUUCAUAUAUCUGAUACCCAGUCUUUUCAAGAUUCUCAAGCUGUCCAGUUUGGUCUUUCCAGGAAAAUUAAACCUACCUCAUCCAUAGCCCAGAGUAGCAGUAUAAGUGGAAGCAGCUCCAGUAGCAACUGGAGACGUGAACCUCUUAGGCAAGACUGCAUACCAGAUCCAUGGCACAGAGGAGAAAGUUUGAUGGACACCUCUAUAAUCUCUAAUUCAGGUUCAUCCUCCAGACUGGUUAAAAAUGGAAUGAGUGGAAUUCCUGCAAGAAAAGCAGGUACAAGCAGCAACAGCAUACCUCGAAUCCCUAAAACACUCGGACCAAACUCAUCCCAAAGGGUGGUGGAUGGAUGUGAAAAAUCUUGCAACAGUCGGAAAAUUGAGCCCCCAAGCAAGAUGCCGCAACUCAGACGAGGUGCAACAACAUUAGGGACAGUCCCAGUUAUCCAUUCAUCAAUUGAUGUCAAGCUUGCUCAAGAAAUUGUUUCCUCGAUGGGUAGUUUGAAAUUCUCCUCUUUAGGAAAAAGUGGAAAAGCUAAUAAGCAGGAAGAGACUAUGUCAAAACCUGGCAACGUCUCACCACCUCUUCCUCCAGUUCGCAAAUCCAGUUUGGAUCAAAAAAAUCGAAUCCUGUUUCCCUCAAGUGCCUUAAAGUCUGCUUAUGAUGCAGGAAAGUCUUUAGCACCAAGGGCUGCAGGUUUAGAGUUAGAUAUUGAAGUUUCCUCUAGAGGUGAUUCAAAUAGUUUACGGGCGUCUAACUUAAAGUUAGAACAUAGUUUGAUGAAAACAACUUCCAGUCUCAAAGCUCGAGGAGCUAGAGGUGAUACAGGACAGCUUCAUGGGAGCCAGAUAUCUCUAGAAAGAUGUGACAGUUUGUCAUCGUUGGGUUCUAAACCUGCCCUUAGUCGGGAGAAUAGUGGUGCUAGUCUCAAUAGCAAGUCAAGCAAGUCUAUUAGUAGAUUUGGGUCACCUGUUGCCACCUCUUCACCAACUACUACCUCUUCACCUUCUUGUGUAAACCAAGUAGCCUCUUUAAAAAGUGGGAUGGUCAAAGGUAGUCUUAAUGCAAGAUCAGUACCUGUUAAUGCAAACAAAGCUCGUACCUUAUCUGCAAGCAACUCAAAAGCUUUGAGCUCCUCCACCAAGUCUCUUGCAGCACCUACAACAAGGAAUGCCAACCUUCCACCUUCAGGAAAGACUGCAUUACCUCGAGCAGCAGCAGCAGCAUCAUCAGUAGCAGCAGCAGGAGGCACUGGCAAAUCCACAAGAGGAACUAUAAUGGGUACCAAGCAAGCAAUGCGGGCUGCAAACAGUCGUGUCAGUGAGUUGGCAUUAGCCAAUCCUUCCACUAAACAAACAAGGGGUUCAGGUGAUUCUGACAGUGGCAAUGACAGUGGAGUGGCCCUCAAUGAAGACAAGCAUACCCCAAUCCCCAUUCUUCCAUCUCCAUAUAGUAAGAUCACAGCCCCCAGAAGACCUCAGCGCUACAGCAGUGGACAUGGAAGUGAUAACAGUAGUGUCCUAAGUGGAGAGCUGCCUCCUGCCAUGGGACGAACUGCACUGUUCUACCACAGUGGAGGGAGCAGUGGAUAUGAAAGCAUGAUUCGUGACAGUGAGGCUACUGGCAGUGCGUCUUCAGCCCAUGACUCAAUGAGUGAGAGUGGGAUGUCCUCCUCUGGUCGCACAAGAAGCUCCAAAGUACCCAAGAAGAGGUCAAAUGGCCUCCAGAGGCGACGUCUCAUCCCAGCUCCUUUACCAGACACCUCAUCUCUGGGGAAGACUGGGACCACAGGUCAGUGGGUGGACCUUCCCCCUAUGUCCGGACCAUUGAAAGAGCCGUUUGAGAUCAAAGUGUAUGAAAUUGAUGACGUGGAGCGGCUUCAGCGCAGAAGACAAGAGAAGACAGAUGAGGGCCUGAUGUAUUUUAGCACGAAAAUGAAGGUUCUUGAGAAACGACAACAGCAAAUCAGAGAUCUCAGAGCCAAGCAUAAGACUCUGAAAGAAGAGCUGGACGACACCAAGUCUAGACUAAUGAUGGAUCCCAGCAAGUGGACAGGAGAGUUUGAGGUGGAUCAGGAUUUGGAUCAGGAGUCGCAGGAGUACCUGGAGGCAUUGGAGCAGGCUACAGCUGAUCUGGAAUACUGUGUCAACCUAUGCAAGUCCCGCGUCAUGAUGGUGACCUGCUUUGAUAUACGGGUUUCAUCUGACGUGCAGGAAGGACCGCGAGAGGUGGAGGUUUAAGAACGAGAUGUGGUGAUCGAUGGAGUGCAAGAAAGAGAUGGAAGUAAGACAGGACCCUGGAUGUCUGAAAGGAAGGAUAAUGAAAUGUAGCAGCCGGUCCAGCGAUUCCGAGAAAUCCUAUUAAUAGGAUGGAAAACUGAAAUCUGCAUGAAGUAGGAACUUGUGGUCUCCUGGAGAAGAGAAAACUGUUCUGGUUAUAUGCAGUGCCUCAUAACAAACGUGGAAUAGACUUACUCGAAUGGAAAGCCAACGAGCUUUGAUGCGUUUGACGCAGUUCCUUACCCAAGGAAAGAGAAGAAUCAUUCUUGCUUACCGAAGAGUUAUUCAACAACACCGCAAAGUGCCUUUUUCAUAUGACUCUUUUGUACAUUUGCUGUCAAUCAUUAUUUUUUCUACUGGUGCUAGUGCUAAGACCAGCAUACCCAAGCCAAACCAUAUUUUGGAUUUAUUUUAUUGCAUUGUAUAGCAUAUUUAUAGUGUGAGAUAUCAUUUUGGGUGCGGAAGGAGAGCAAUAAGCUGACUUUCCACACUCCGCCUUUGCCUCCGAAACUAUCACAUCUGUCAGCAUAUUGUUAUUAAACCUUUUGAGCCUUAUGUUGUACUUGUACUGUGUUGUCUGAGUGUUUUUUCUAUCUUUCGAAUCGAAUAUCUGUCUUUUUGAAGAACACAGUAUCACUCAGCAAUGGGCAGGCCUACUGUAUGUGACACAAAUCUGUUUUCAUAAAAGUGUUUGGUUGGUUGCCUUCUCUCCUCAAAACUGGACUUGAAAUGAAUGCAUAUCUAACUUUAACAUGUUUAGGUCCCAGAGAAUCGUGUUGAAUUGAAUUGGUACUACAUUUGCUAAGCCACAAUGAAUGUAUAUUAUAACGAAUGACAACAAAUUCCCAAGAAUGUAAAAUCGCAAGCAUCAUUAAUGGUUCGUAUCACUUUAAUAAAUGCAAGUCGGUGUCAUUGUUAUGCUAGCGUGUUGCUAGAGAGGUGCAAUCUAUUAAAAUGCAGAUUGUCCUCUUGUUCUUGUUUACUUUAAAUAGAUACUUUGGCAAAGGGCAUUCAUCAGUGUAACCUGACAUGUCUAACUCAGCCUUUCUCUGUGGACACAGCGUGUGCUGCAUUAAAGAGCUGUGGGUGUGAUUAAAGAGGGGUGGAGGUGACAUUUGUGCGGUACAGGAAGGACUCUUUCCCAUAUUCGUUCAGACAACAGCGUCUUAAAAGUAGCCAUAAAACUAUCUGAUGAGAUUUUAAACACUGUGGACCGCUCAAUGGCACAUCUGAUGCUAAUACACACUUUUUAUAGACUUAAAGAUCGGCAGACUGUCAUAAAAAUCCAUGUACGGAUGCAUUGUAGGUCCGACUACACUGUGGAUGUUUAUCCAAGCCUUAGUCCUAUGCAUCCAACAACCUCAACAAAUGCAACUGCAAGCAUUUAGUACACAUGACUGUCAAAUCUGUAUUUUUCAGCGCUCGGUGUGUUGUUUAAUAACUGCUGUAAAAGACCACCUGCAUUUCUCUGAUGUCAAAUACACCUUCAUAAAACAUGUAGCUGCCAAAAUGACUUUCCUGUUACUUGUCCAUCAAAGGCUGCGAAUGACCUUUAGCUUUCAUUCCACAUUUACUCUAAGGAAACAGAAACCUUUUCUUGGAUUUAUUUACCUUUAUAAACACACUCUCAGGCCCCUUUUCAAGAUGCUGCAUGAAAUUUGUAUUUUUUUCUAGACUUUAUUCUUUAUCAUCUUUCGGAUUUUGUAACGAUUAUGCUGGCAUUCGCUAUACUUUAAGAACAUGGAAUAAACACCAAACCGAAAUUUGUUUUCGAAUGAAAGUUGACAAUGUAUGUUGCGUCAUGUUUCAUAUCAAAUCAUAUUUUCUAACCUUUUAUUGAUUUUGUAAAGAAUUUUCUGAUCCUCUGUAUAAAUGUAUUAUAUGGCAGCUUGGGAUAACACUGUUUUUUUUUUUUCUCUCUUGUGAAUAAAAAUGUUCUUAUUCUA